GCUGUCAGUCCCUGUGGCACCGCGCGCCUCCGUCCUGCUGCGCGAGGAGCGACCAGGAGUACCGUCGCAUCCGGACACACGUAUGAGGAAUAACACACAUUACAUUAGCGUCGUCCAUAAACUGAAUUUAACUCCCUGAAGGAUAACACUGUUGUGCAGCCGUGCAGACUACACGUAAACCAUGGAGGAUGGGAAGCCAGUGUGGGCGCCCCACCCCACCGACGGGUUCCAGCUGGGGAUGAUCGUUGACAUAGGAGCCGACACGCUCACCAUAGAACCACUGAACCAGAGGGGCAAGACCUUUCUUGCUCCAAUGAGCCAAGUCUUCCCAGCAGAGGAAGAUGUCAACAAACAUGUAGAUGACAACUGUUCACUUAUGUACUUGAAUGAAGCCACUCUCCUCCAUAACGUCAAAGUGCGGUACAAUAAAGACCACAUCUAUACUUAUGUGGCCAAUAUCUUAAUAGCUGUGAACCCUUAUUAUGACAUCCCCAAACUGUACGGCCCGGAUGCCAUCAAGUCCUACCAGGGGAGGUCACUGGGGACUUUACCACCUCACGUCUAUGCUAUAGCUGACAAAGCAUACAGGGACAUGAAGGUUCUGAAGAUGAGCCAGUCGAUCAUUGUUUCUGGUGAAUCUGGUGCUGGAAAGACAGAAAACACCAAGUUUGUUCUCAGAUACCUGACCACGACGUAUGGAACGGGCCAAGAUAUUGAUGAGAGAAUUGUAGAAGCUAACCCCCUUCUGGAGGCCUUUGGAAAUGCGAAGACCGUGCGCAAUAACAACAGCAGUCGUUUUGGGAAGUUUGUGGAGAUCCACUUCAAUGACAAGAAUGCGGUCGUGGGCGGAUUUGUCUCCCAUUACUUGUUAGAGAAGUCGAGGAUUUGCAUGCAAAGCAACGACGAGAGGAACUACCACAUCUUCUACAGACUGUGCGCUGGAGCUUCUGAGGAUAUCAAGAAGAAGCUCCACCUCGACUCUCCGGACAGUUUCAGGUACCUAAAUCGGGGCUGCACCAGGUACUUUGCCAGUAAGGACUCCGAUAAACAAAUCACGCAGAACCGCAAGAGUCCUGAGCAUGUAAAGGUUGGCGCACUGAAGGACCCGCUUCUCGAUGACCUGGGUGAUUUCAACAGGAUGUGCGUAGCCAUGAAGAAGAUCGGUCUGGAUGAUAACGAGAAGCUGGACCUGUUCAGGGUGGUCGCUGGGGUUCUGCAUUUGGGCAACAUCGACUUUGAAGAAACAGGAAGCAGCUCAGGUGGAUGUGUCCUGAAGAAUCAGUCAGGUCAGACUCUGGAGUAUUGCGCUGAUUUGCUGGGUCUGGACCAGGAUGAUCUGAGGGUCAGCCUCACAACUAGAGUCAUGCUCACCACAGCAGGGGGCGCCAAAGGAACAGUUAUCAAGGUUCCUCUAAAGGUGGAACAGGCAAACAAUGCCCGCGAUGCCCUGGCCAAGGCGGUUUACAGCCGCCUCUUUGAUCAUGUCGUCAAACGAGUAAACCAGUGUUUCCCUUUCGAUAGUUCUUGCAACUUCAUCGGGGUGCUGGACAUUGCUGGUUUUGAGUAUUUUGAACAUAACAGCUUUGAACAGUUCUGUAUCAAUUACUGCAAUGAGAAGCUGCAGCAGUUCUUCAACGAACGUAUUCUGAAAGAGGAGCAAGAGUUGUAUCAAAGGGAGGGACUUGGAGUGAGUGAGGUGCAUUACGUUGACAACCAGGACUGCAUAGACUUGGUGGAAGCAAAGCUCGUGGGAAUCCUGGACAUUUUGGAUGAAGAGAACCGUCUUCCUCAGCCCAGUGACCAACACUUUGCAGUGGCAGUUCACAGCAAACACAAAGACCACUUCAGGCUGACGGUUCCCAGGAAGUCUAAGUUGGCCAUUCACAGGAAUCUUCGAGAUGACGAGGGUUUUAUGAUCAGGCACUUUGCAGGAGCAGUUUGUUAUGAGACGACCCGAUUUGUAGAGAAGAAUAACGAUGCCCUCCACAUGUCCUUGGAGAGCUUAGUCUGUGAAUCGAAAGACAAAUUUGUUCGAGAGCUGUUUGAAAACUCCAACACCACCAAGGACUCCAAACAAAAGGCCGGCAAACUCAGCUUCAUCAGCGUUGGAAACAAAUUCAAGACACAACUGAACCUGCUGCUGGAGAAGCUUCGCAGUACUGGCUCCAGUUUCAUUCGCUGUGUCAAACCCAACCUGAAGAUGGUCAGCCACCAGUUUGAAGGAGCUCUGAUUCUCUCACAGCUGCAGUGCUCAGGAAUGGUGUCAGUGCUGGACCUGAUGCAGGGGGGCUUCCCCUCCAGAGCCCCCUUCCAUGAGCUCUACAACAUGUAUAAACAGUAUAUGCCAGCCAAACUUACACGACUGAAUCCACGACUUUUUUGCAAGGCUUUGUUCAAAGCUCUAGGACUGAAUGACAAUGACUUCAAGUUUGGAUUGACCAGAGUGUUCUUCCGCCCUGGAAAGUUUGCUGAGUUUGACCAGAUCAUGAAGUCUGAUCCAGACCACCUAGCAGAGCUGCUGAAAAAAGUCAACAAGUGGUUGGUGUGCAGCCAGUGGAAGAAGAUCCAGUGGUGCACCCUGUCCGUCAUCAAACUUACAAACAAGAUGAGUUACAGAGCCAUAGCCUGCAUUAAGAUUCAGAAGACGGUCCGCAUGUGGUUGUGUAAGAGGAAACACAGGCCACGUAUUGAUGGUAUGGUGAAGGUUCGAAACCUGAAGAAACACAUGGAACGGUUCAAUGAGGUUGUGAACGGGUUGAAGGAAGGCAAACAAGAAAUGGCCAAACAGGUUCAGGAGCUGGCCGCUGCCAUAGACGCUUUGUUAGCCAAGAUAAAGACUACAGUGAUGACCUGGAAGGAGAUUGACAAAGAGUACCAGGGGCUGGUGAAACGCUCCGAGCAGCUGCUGUCAUCCAUGCAAAAGAAGAAGCAGGAGGAGGAGGAGACUGAGAGGCUGAAGCACAUUGAGGAGGAGAUGGAGAAAGAGAGGAAGAGGAGGGAGAAGGAGGAGCAGAAACGCAAACAAGAGGAAGAGGAUAGAAGACUCAAAGCAGAGAUGGAGCUGAAGAGGAAGCAAGAGGAGGAGGAUAGGAAAAAACGAGAGGAAGAAGAGAAGGUCAUCCAGGCAGAGUUGGAAGUCCAGUUGGCUCUGGAGCGGGAGGAGCAGGUUCAGCGUGCCACCAUACUGGAGCAGGAGAGAAGAGACAGGGAGUUAGCAAUGAGGAUCGCCCAGAGCGAGGCCGAGCUCAUCACUGAGGAGGGGCAGUUGGACGCAGGCCUGCGAAGUUAUAUGUAUUUCUCAGAUCUUCCUAUCUCCUCAUCCUCAGCCAGAACCAUGGGUCCUCAGGUGCAGGCGACCAAAGCUGCUGCCGGUGUGAAAAAGUAUGACCUCAGCAAGUGGAAGUACGCUGAGCUGCGAGAUGUCAUCAACACUUCCUGUGACAUCGAGCUGCUGGCCGCCUGCAGAGAGGAGUUCCACCGUCGUUUGAAGGUCUACCACGCAUGGAAGUCCAAGAACAAGAAACGCAACGAUGACGGGAGUGAUCAGAGAGCUCCGAAAUCUGUCACUGAUUACGCUGAGCAGAACCCAGCUCCUCCGAUGACAGCUCAGCAUCAAGAAGUGGCCAUGAACCGUCAGCAGCGCUAUUUCCGCAUUCCUUUCAUCCGGCCGGCAGAUCAGUACAAGGACCCACAGAAUAAGAAAAAAGGCUGGUGGUACGCUCACUUUGAUGGGCCGUGGAUAGCCAGACAGAUGGAGCUGCACCCAGACAAGCGACCUAUUGUUCUUGUCGCAGGGAAAGACGACAUGGAGAUGUGUGAGCUGAGCCUGGAGGAGACGGGUUUGACCAGGAAGAGGGGCGCCGAGAUCCUGCCCAGGCAGUUCGAGGAAAUCUGGGAACGCUGCGACGGAAUUCAGUACCUUAAGAAAGCCAUUGAGAACAAGCAGGCCCGUCCUACGUACGCCACCGCCAUGCUCCAGAGUCUCCUCAAGUGAACCAGAGAUUAAGCUCCAAACCCCAAGUUUGGCCCACGUCCUGGAACAUGACACCAGUACACCCCCUGAUAAACACAAACGUGCACACUCAGCAGCUCCUGUGAUUCGUGGAACGCUAAAGAAGAUACUCGAUGUUAUUGGCGUUCAGUGUUUUAUUCACUGAAGCCUCUUCUUUUUCACCAUCUCUGUCUUUUCUGGGUUUUUUUUGUUUUUUUUUAACAUAUUUGUAUUUUGCCGUGCAGCACCUUAUUGGUGUAGACGUAGUAUUUGUGUUUUAUCUUCUUUUCAUUUUAUGCUUGUAUGAAGAAACCCCACUUUGAGGCCUUAAAAUGCAAUAUCACUGCACUAAUACCGAGACAGUCUUAAUAGAAGCAUAGUCUGUGUUUAUUUGAACCUAAAAGCUUAACAGGCUGAAAUAGGGAAAAGCACAUAUUUGUUUAUGAGGCAAAAUGUGUAGCGACGCCUUUAAUAGUGUGGUACAGGAUUCUUUAGUCAUGCCUUACGGAUCUUCUGAGUCCAAUUACUGCUCAACACUGUGUCGGAAUUGAUUAGUAAGAAUUUCAAUUGAACUAAAACCAAUUUAGUUUUUUCGUCUUUGCUUCAACAAGAACCAAACAGUCAUAUUUAUCAUAAACAGUCCUCCAAUUUAUGGACACUCAAUAUUUAAUAGAAAAUAUAUAUAUAAUAAUUCAUAAUUCUCAUAUUGUAUUUUAUAACACAUAAAAUACUCCUCAUCUUUUUUCCUUACUGCACAUCAAACACCAGCUUCUCAUAGUUACACCAUGUGCAUGUUUGAAGGCACUUAAUAUCCCUUUUAAGUUAAUACCUGUGUUUCCUGUGUUUUCUUGCUGCUUUUAUAGCUCGGUUUACUGUUGAAAUCCUUGAAAAAGAACUUUUUUUUUUAUAGUUUAUCAUUUGAUAACCAAGAGGGAAAUAUAGACGUUUGUUUUCAUGUUUGCCGUUUUGUGGGUUUUGGGUUUGUUUUACAGAAAAAUAGUGUAAUUUUUUUUUUGUGUGCGUGUGAAAGUGUGUCUGUGUUUACAUCAUUUUAUUAUUAAGCAGGUUAUUUUACUCCUCUGUUAGCAUCAGGCUCAAACCUGUUAACUGACAAAUGUAGUUUACGAUCAUUCACUUCCAUUAUUUUCCAUCUUUGUUCUUGUCAUAUUUUGGCCUUUGCACUGGAAUACCGUAGAGAAUAAAUGUAUGCUCCAAUUA